AUGGAGCUCCUCACCCGCCACCUGCAGUCCAUCAGUGACACCAUCGACUUCCCGUACAUGACCAUUUGGCUGGAGGACUGGCUCGACCUUCCCAUUUAUGCGGCCGGCCUCUAUUUGGUCCUUGUCCUGUGGGUGCCAGAGAAUGUGAUGAAGGAUCGAAAGCCAUUCAACUUGAAGCUCCUGAACACACUGUGGAACUUUGCGCUAACAGCGUACUCUUUUAUCGGCGUGUACUACUGCCUCCCGCGGCUUGAGAUGGUCUUCGCGAGAAGCAUUUCAGGCCUCGAACCCUCAUCGCUUCGUUACACAAAGAACAUGACACCGUCCAUGCUGCGAAACAUUGAGAUCCCAGCGAACUUUGUGGAGGGCGGUGAUGUCCCCGUGAAGCUCCGCGGCAGCCUCGACACGUCCAUCUGUGUUUGGAAGGAUGACAUGUACCGCCGCGGUGUGAUUGGUCUGCUGACCCUCUCCUUCAUGCUCUCCAAGAUCCCGGAGAUGCUCGACACCGCGUUUCUUGUAUUUCAGAAGAAGAGCUUCCCAUUCCUCCACUGGUACCACCACACAUCGGUGAUGCUGUACUGCUGGCAUGCCUGGAUCACGCCCAGCAGCUCUGGCCUCUGGUAUGCGGUCAUGAACUUCUGCGUUCACAGCCUGAUGUACCUCUACUACUCACUCUCCUCCCUCGGCUACCGAAAGCAGAUUGCUCCCUUUGCCCCACUCAUCACCUUUUUGCAAAUUGCGCAGAUGUUUGUCGGCAGCUUCAUCUGCAUGUAUGUGUUCGCGCGCUAUCAGUGGUUUGGUGGUUGUGAUUGCAGCCCAUCCAAUGCGCGUCUGGCCCUCGCGAUGUAUGCGAGCUACCUCUAUCUUUUCUCGGAGUACUAUGUCAAGCGGUAUGUCCUGAAGACCUCCGCGAAGGGCAAACAAGACGCGAAGAUGGCGGCGGAGACGUCUUCCACCUCGCUGCG